AGGAGCUUGUUCCCCUGCACUGGCUGGAAAGUGCGAUUCGCUUCCCAAAACUCCCUCUGCUCAUACGGGUGGCACGCGCGUCAUGCUCGCUUCCCUUGGUUUUCCCUCCCUCCUGCGGCUCAUGCUGUCCCAAAUCGCUUUUCUGAUCCAUGCUCUGCAGCCAAAGCACCUGGCAACAGAAGUUGGAGGUGGCCCCGGGCGCCCAGCGGCUCACCGCCAUGGAGAGCUAUCCUCACACCGUCAGCAUCAACGUGCCGCCCCCGGGCCGCUACGAGGCGGCCCCCCCUUGCCCCAUGGCCACCGCUUUCGGCCGGGUGGAGGCCCCCGGCCUCAGGCGGGAGCCGCGGGACUUUGUGCUCUGGUCCUACUUCAACACCUUGUUCUGCUGCAACCCUCUGUGCCUGGGCUUCAUAGCGCUCGUCUUCUCCAUCAAGGCCAGAGAUGAAAAAAUUGCCCGGCAACCCUUGCUUGCAGGAAAAUACGGGAAGACGGCCAUGUACCUGAACAUCGCAGCGUUCGUCCUCGGCGUCCUGCUCAUCAUCGUCACGCUGGUGCUGCUGUUCCUGUACGUCUCGUCACUGCACUACAUCACGUAG